UCAUUGGGCGUGUGAUACUCUUGAUUUCUCUCCUUUCUCCCUUCAAAGCCUCUUUCUAGAAUAGAGUCAAUAGACGCAGCGCAGCGGCGGGAGUAGCAAAUCCUCGCCGUCUUCUCUGACCAAUACUCCGGAUAUUUUAAAAAGAAGAAUUAAUGGCAUCCAAGUUUCAUCAACUGCAAGCAAAGGCAUGCCAAGCGAAACAGUUUAUUACCAAGCAUAGUUGUGCUAUCUACAAACAGACAUUGGAUCAGAACAAGCAGUAUAUUGUGGAGCCAUCCACUGUGGAAAAGUGCAAUGAAUUAUCUAAACAGCUCUUCUACACUCGUCUUGCCAGUAUCCCCAGCCGUAACCAGGCCUUUUGGAAGGAAGUUGAUUAUGUCAAGCAGGCAUGGAAGAAUAGGCACGAAUUGAAGGUCGAGGAUGCUGGCACAGCUGCUUUAUUCGGCCUCGAAUGCUUUGCAUGGUAUUGUGCUGGAGAGAUAGUAGGAAGGGGAUUUACGUUCACCGGUUACUAUCCCUGAAAAGAACCAGCUGGGUAACCACAAUCUUUCUGUCUUGGUUAGGAUAAUCUGAGCGACUGGCACUCAAUACUGCAAGGUUUUGUCUUCCAAAACAUUUUUGAAGCUGAGAAAUCAGUGACUAAAUUUGUUUGCUGUAAUAAUCUGUGCCAAUUUUUCUACCCUCAGAGUCAGAGGCACCUAGGUUGAUGAACUAUGUAGUGGUGUUCUUAAUAUGUUUUGAUGUUGAAACUAUCAUAAGUAACAAAAAUGUUAUGCGACUGCGAGUUUGAACUCCC